AUGGUCUUGAAGUGCUUCGUCUGCUCCCAGAACAACUACAUUUGGAAGUAUGGCAUGUCGGAGCACGUCACAAGACGCCACCAGGAGGACAUGCGUGUGGCGGCGGGUACGGGGGUCGAUAAGUUCAAGGAGGCCUACUCUAUCUCGGAAAGCGAGAAGGCCAAGGCACUCCACAAGUUCAAAGCCGGGAAGCCUCGCCAACGCGGCCAGGGAAACGAAGUCCUCCCCCCUGGCGCACUUGGGAGAACGGAAGGGAACGGUGCAUCUGGCCGUAACAUGGCCGGCACACGGUCCUUGGAGGAUAUGGGUGAGGAGGACGAGGAGGAGGACGAGGAGGAAGGAGAGUUGGACGAGGACGAGGAAGAAGACAACGAGGACGAGGGUCAGGACGAGGGUCAGGACGAGGGUCAGGACGACGACGACGAAGAAGCAGAAGAAGAAGAAAAAGAAGACGGGCAGGGGGGGUGGAAGGCAAACGAAGGAAGCGACUGGCUCCCGAAAACGUGGCGAGACACCGCACGAGAACUCGUAAGUAGGGGUCCGCAUGGGGGUAUCGAGAGCGCGGCAUAUUUGCCAUUCAUCUAACCUCAUGGUAACGUUUCGACGAUUUAUGGUAACUUUUCGAAUUUCUCCCUCCUCCGGGGGGGGGUGGGGGGCUAUGUGUCCGGAUAUUUUUUGCGCGAAGACCCUUGAUCUAGCGGUGAAUAAAUGCCUUCAGCAGAAUCAUCAUCUCUGCUUCCUUCUUGACCACCUGCGAAUGGUUGUUACUGCUGUGUAGUCGUUUUUAAGUGUUCGGGGUACUGAGAAUAAAAGGUGGAUGGACUGUAGACGAGACCCGUUGAACGUUAUUCGUGGGAGUCGUUUAUUGGACGGAUGACCGGGGGAGAUAGGGAACGGGUACAUACUGCUGUACACGCGUACAACGAGCCACCACUUAAGAGCUCAGGAGUGAAGAUAU